AUGAGCGCUGCCGAGCGAAAAUUUCCGGGACUGCAUAUUGUUGAGCCGCAAACUACGCACACGCACACAGCGAUUUUAUUGCACGGCCGAGGAAGUAACGGUCCAGAAUUUGCUGAGGAUAUUUUCUCCUCGGAGACGUCGAUGGGGAAAAAUCUAGAGUCGCAUUUUCCUAGCUGGAAAUGGGUAUUUCCAUCAUCCGGCGAGAGAUGGAGUACCAUUUUCCAGGAAGAUUUAUCAUCUUGGUUUGACAUCUACUCACUGACAGAACCCGACGACCGACAGGAUCUUCAGCUUCAGGGUCUCAGGGAAUCAUGCUUUCAUGUGCUGGAUGUGCUCGAGCAGGAAAUAAACCUGCUAGAUGGAAAAUCAGAGAACAUUGUGUUUGGUGGAAUAAGCCAGGGUAUGGCUACGGCAUUGUGGACACUACUUUGCUCUCCAGUACGGGUUAAAAGUAGACUGGGGGGAUUUGUAGGAUUUUGCGGAUGGAUGCCAUUCACGCAGCACAUCGAGGAAGCGACCCAGAAGUAUAGGUCGCAACACGGGUUCGAUGACAGAGGAAAGUGUGUUAACAUACCAGCCACUCUAGUUGAAGUGAUGGGUUGCGAGCAGUUCGAGCAGAAUACGGAUGAGGUCGAUGCUCUCCUGUCCACGCCUAUACUGUUGAUCCACGGGAUUGAUGAUGCAAUGGUGGAUAUUUCUUUGGGACGGCAGGCGUGUCGACUUCUCGAGGGGAUCGGCAUGGAGGCUGAAUUGAAAGAAUUCUCAGGGGCUGAAAACGAAGGGCAUUGGAUCAAAGCGCCACAGGGUUUUGACAAGAUAGUUGCAUUUCUCAAGACGAACACAGGAUAG